UGAUGGUGUGAAGAACUCUUCGCGUGUGCGUCCCCGUUGUUACGUUCGCGUUUUGUCUUGCCCGUCUACUUUCGCUUUCGACGUUGUACGGUGUUCUCCCAGUGCGUCCGUGUCACAGAAUCGUCAGAAUAUCCGCUUCCUUUGCUUUGCAACGCUUUAAUUUAGUUUGCGGGUUUUAUCGGUGCGACUGCAAGAAAAUGCUUUAAUGUACUGCUUGCCCUAAUCGCCGGCGGUAGAGCAAAUUGAGUUUCUUUCGUUUGAUUCGCCGGAAAGGCUUAGAAGUGCAUUUAAUGUUAUGUGUAAGUGAAGUGCAAAUUGCUUACUAAACCUUCCUGUGGAAAAUGUGCAUGCUUUAUGAAAAGAUUCAUAAGAGUGCUUCAAGUGUCAACACAACAUUCUGAAAAUUAUGUCCGCUCCCGGACCAGUGCUUACGGUAUCGAUCGGUGUUAAAGCGUGAUACGAAAAAUCUGCUUCAUCAGUCUUCGUUCAAGUGCGCAACAACUAGCGCGUAAACAAUCGUGUAGAAAACAGGCAACAAAACAGCAAACCCGAAGAGCUGGCCCAACACCUUAUGCGCCACCUAUGUGCUGUGAUGUGCUGAGUGAAUGUUAUAUGGACACUUUGACGACAGCUAAACGAGCGCAUAAAAGUCUGCUAUUUGCUUUCGGUGUCCGUGUGGCGAAACCCGUUGCCGACGACGCGAAUAUGCACUAUUGUUUGAUGCAGUAGCGAAGCUGCGCCCUACAGUACGGAAGCUGAGCGUCAAAAAAAAUGUUGGGUGCACUAAAGCGUCGAUGGAGGACUACGAGAAGAUCCGUGUCAGCUGACAAUCAGUACGAAGCGGAACGCGAAGGCCUGAGCGAAAUAAUUGCCUCCCCACGGUACCUGGAGUUCCUGAAAAACUAUCGCGAGGAAGCAGCUGCCACAGCUGCCACCGAAGCAACGCUACCCGCCUCCUCACCGCGCUACAUCGAAGUGCGGAAGGGACGAAUCGUGCUUGAAUCCUCCCAGCAGCAGCCACCACCGCUCCCGAUCCGGAACGGUGCUCUGCCCCCGGAUGGGGAAAAGACUGAUCUUCAACACCAGCAGCACCAUGGCCGAGAUUCGGUUUUACGAAUCAACCGUGACAAGGCACCUCCUGGAUGUCCGAUGGCCUCAACGACCUUCCCGGAUGUUGGGGUCGAACCUGAAGCAACAGCGUUUCCGCCACUACCACCUUCGCCACCAUCGUCGCCGACGGUACGCCAAGGAUGCAGCCCGAACUCUUCUUCACCCCUGCACGAGUGUGGGAAACUUGUGCGGAACACUUCCGGCUCGGUUUCAGACUCCUGCAAGAACACGGAAAUGUUGGAAGCUCGCAUUGCGGAACUAGAAGAGGCCUUAUUAAAGCUACAAGAACGAGUAAACCAAAGUCAAUGCAACUCACCAACGCUGGAGAAGGAGAUAAAGGAGCAUUUAGAAAUUAUGAGCAAAGCGAUGAAGACAAAGGAUCGAAAAUCGAUGCAAGUUUGUCGAGAGCAUAAAACAUUGCAGGUACGCUUUCAGAAGCAAGAAAACAGUCUCAUGGCGCUGCAGAAUGAGAAUAAAUCGCUACACCAAAGAGUACGGCAGUACGAGACGUGUCUGGACGACAUCAUGCGCAAGGUGGUGGAUGCACUCGUGGCGGAAGACAGUCUGCGCGAUGAGGUGGCGAUACUGAAGAGCCGUGUGCGGGACCUGGAAGCACAGAAUGCUGCCCUUGUCACCACGCACGCCAGUCCGGCCAAGAGUCGUGAUGAAGGGUACUGCACGAUGAGCUCGGGUCAGCCACAACCGCCAGCGGAAGGACACCUGGAGGAACUGCCCGAAGAGCCGGAACAGUGGCUGAUAUCGGCGGAACCCUGCACAGCGGACAUGGAGGACUGGAGCAUGUCGCAGGAAGAGCUAGCCACCGCCUUGGACGAGGAAAACCAUGAAUGGAUAUGGAACUCCAGCUUUCUAACGACGGCGGAAACGCAGACUGAAGACAUUACGGCCUUGCUGCAUGACCAGAUUGUGUACUCUGAAGAUGAAGAGGUAGCGUGUACGAAUUUCACUCGUGACUUUUAUCGACUAGUCAGUUUUACGUCCGGCAGUACGCGCAGCUUGCACUCUCCAAUGGCCGCGGGCGGCACUGUUGGCGAGGGUGGUGGUGUAGAUCUAAGCACGAGUCGUGAGUCGAAGGAUACGAGCAGCAGCACGCUCGAGGCCCGCGAUACAGCUGAAGGAGUCAUUUGCGAUAGUAGCGAUGAGGAUGUGAACGAAAGACUGUCUCAAAGUCCUACACCGAGCGAAGGUGGCCGGGCGCAGGUGCUCAGCUGUUCGUCGAGCGAAUCAAGUGACGCAUUAACGGAAAAGUUGCAACUGCCAGCAACAUGCUCACUGUCGUGUAGUGCAACCACAACCAUCGACGAGGAGGAUGAGGUUGUGCUUCGUCAGCAAACGUCACCCAGGAAAAGUGGUGCCCAAUCUCUGCCGCAAUCGCCAAUUCGCAGGUUUACGGGAAAUAAGCUGCAGGAAACUGAUGUUGUUAAAAGUAGUGCAGUGUCGGCUAACCCGCCGCUAUCGCUCAACACGGCCGACCUGCUGCAAGAUGUGCUGAUCACGUGCCACAAUCAGCUUAAUGGGAAAGCAGCAGCACCAAAAGCAGACAGUGCAGCAUCCACUCGUUCCCAGUCGCCAGCCUCUCCCACUUGGCGAAGAAGUAUGGGAUGGCGGCGAAUACAGCGUGGUAACGGUGUGCAUGAAACGCACAUUCCCGUCCCGAUCGGAGCAAAGGAUAGACUAAAAUCGCCUCCACCGGUACCGAUCCGCAGGACUUUUGCUAGUUAGCCGGCCGUCGUCUGCUCUCACGAUUAACGGUCUUUCGCGCAUUUAGCAAGCGAGUGCAAAGUGGUCUUACCUUCUAGAAGGUGCUUGCUCCGCACAAGUCCCAAACAUAUGCCCAAGACUUACAAGUAAUGUCGAAUUAAUCAGGUUAUGAAAAGCAAGCGUUUUACUCGUGUGCUUACACUUAUAUACAUACACCAGUACCGGUUGUAAAUGGUUUUUGUACGGCAAUGGAAGCAAUACCGUUUCGGAAGCACGUUCAUACACACCCUUAUAACACUUACGUGCAUACACACGAAACCAUAUUACACACCUUAUAGCAUUAGAGUUACGGGAAGCAACAAUUAACAGGGCAUACAAGCUACUUAACCUGGUGGCAGUUGGCUGCGUUGAUGAUUCCUCAAAACUAACGUGUUGAAGCAAAAGUAAAACUUAGAAACUUAGUACCGAAAACUCUAGCCUAUAAGAUAACAACAUUUGUGAUAAUACGUUUAAAACAUACAGCAACUCGUAGCAACCUCUCGAAGUUCAGAUAUGCUGAACCGUACUGAUAUGAACACACACACACACUGAUACGCAUACAAACUGCCAGCAGCAAACACAGCUGAUGAUGUCUGUAACCUCAUACACUGAUUCGGGCGUAUACAGUUACUUAUAUUCUAUUUUGGUAAUAGACCACGAGAGAGUUGAAACUGUUGGACAAUAAGAAUUUGGAAGCACUUCUUUCGCGCGCAUCGUAUAAGCAGAAGAAAAAGGGGGUGAUCGGGACUGGAGACUCGUGACACAAGCAGAGGUUCCCGAGCGGAAUCAAAAUCAACAGGCAAGAAAGGUUGUGAGCCGAAAGUAAAGCAAGAGCCACAAGCAUAAGUCGUAGCAUCUUGCGCAAGAUGAACGGUAUUAAUGUUCCAAUAACGAUGCAGGACAAUAAAAACAAAGCUUCUGCUCGAUUGCAAUUAAGAACAUAAAGCUAAUAAGAGUAACACCCGGAACGAAUGUUAUUUACAGGGUUUCUCAGGCCAGUUUAACAUUGUAAGAUUAUAUGUCAAUAGCAUAAAACACUAAUGCGACUUCGAAUAUGCAUGUCAACCUCGUAAACCUUUCUAAACAUGGGGAAACAAAUUUUCAACUCUGUAAAAUCCCAACUCAACAAAGAGCCCUCACUAUGGGGGAACGGCUCAGAUCGGAUUUGAACUCCGGUCCUGUCGUGUGAAGACCAAGCAGUAUAAACAUUAUGUCCGUUAACCGAGAUACUUUCUGUUUUAGAGUUGGGAUUUUACGGAGUUGAAAAUUUGUUUUCCAACAUUGAAAAGGGUAGCCGGGUUCGAAGUGCAUGUCCGAUUCCGUGAAAGCAUUUUAUGUUGUUCAGCGAUUGUGUUACGCUUUUGAACUGGCCUGAGAAACCCUGUAUCGGUUUUUUUUCUCCUCCCACCAAACUAAGCUUCAAUCUGUUUAACAUCGACCAUAUUUAGACGUAUUGGACGUAUUUAUUUACCAUUUAUCGAAGCAGAGAUUUCCGAUUUGGGUUUUGAAGCUGCUCCGUUCGCUAUACUUUGAUGAUCAUAUCAAUUCGUGUUGUUGAAUAUUUAUACUGCUAAUUUCUGAGGUCUUGCACCCGACCUCGACCUGAGCUUGUUUGCCACCAUGAUUGCAAAUAUUUUGCGCAUCCAUCGCUGCUUGUUAUAUUUGGUUUUGCAAAGACAAACGCUCACGAAUAUCCUUUUCCUUCCUGGGAAGUCUUGGAACAUUAUCGAUUGUUGUCGAUGGACAACAUGCUCGCUUCGUAUAGUGUUACUGUGAGUGUUUUACGUGAACUAUGUAUAACAACCAAAUUGUGUAUGCUAGCAUUUCUAUCGUCUUCUCGCUCUUCAUAUCUUUACCACUGUCUAUACAUACUAGUUGCGAUAAUUUAUUGCACGAAUUUUCCUGGCGCAGUUCGACUAGAAAACACUGGCAUCUGGGGUGUGCAGCACACUGAACAAUAUAUGGAAAGAGUAGAAUAUCGAAAGCAAAACGCGUAAGGUACAAAACAAAAGAGAAUUGAGGCACCGGUAUGUGUGUUAGGGCGAAUAAUGUAGAGAAAAGGCGCUAGAGGAUGGGAAUGGUUAUGGGAAAUACUAAACAGAUUAGAAAUCGAACAAAAUCAAAGUCCGUUACGACCGUUUACUCUGCAACAGCGAUUCCGUUAAUGCCUACCUUAUCAUUACACUUGUUCUUAGUAGUCACACAAAUCCACAAGUCCUCACUGUAAAAUGUUCCAGGUUGUAGAAACAAUAUUUUACUCUAACACCUAGGACAAAACCCCAUAUGCAUGCAUGUCGUUGUGUAGAAGAGUGUCGUUUGAGAAUGAAUCGUCGUUUCGGCAAAGGGAAGCUAGUAGGAAAAUUAAAGUAGGAGAUUCUCGGGAUGAACGCUAGGCAACAACCCUUCAAAUAUGCAAGUUAUCAUCACUUCUAUUCGGUUUGAUCGUGGUAAAGUUUCAAAAAAACUCAACAAUCAAUAAGGCACACAUCAUAAGCGAGAGGAAUAGCGUUUUUUUUUCCUGGCCGCUUCUAUAAGCGGAUUGUACGAGGUUCUGUAAGUUCCCUUUGUAUACAUACUAAACGUUGAAAGCGUGUACUGAGACGACGCAAAUGCAUUAUACACUAUUUACUUUUGUAAUAAUUUCUUACGUAAGGACCAGUUAGAGGGACUUUUACUAUUUAUAUAUCGAACUUCAAAACACGCCGCAAACUACGAGCCGUACUGUGGUGCGCGGAUCGUAUGAUAUCGGGUUGUACGUUGUACGCUAGUGCAGGCAUUUAAACACACACACACACACACACUGAAUGUCUGUGGCAAAGGAAAACGAAACUUUAGGAUGGCCUUCGCCGAUCGAAGAAUGAGUAGGGUUUGUGAAAAAUUUCAUGAUAGUAAUAUUAAAACCUUUUCAAACUAAUCAACAAA